CGGAUCUUGACGCGGACGUCCAGACCGUAUGGUAUGAAGGCUCUGUUGGUCGCUCUUGACUACUGUGUCUAAGUGUAAGUACAAUGACUCGGAAUCUCCUUGGGCCAAUCACUACUCUGGGCUGUUUCCGGCACCGGACCGGAGACAUCAGGAUGCACAUUCUGCAGUCAGCUGCAGCAAUCUCCUUCUCUCGCUCGUACUGUUGCGCUCUACCUCGCCCUGCGCCUCAUAGAAAAAUGGGAAAGAACAAGAAAUCCUCCGUCCCGCCAGAAGAACACCUCCUACUCCCGCAACACCCUGGACGCCCGAACCCUGCAAGUGCGCCCAUCGUAGACACGCACACCCAUCUCCUCUCCACCUACUCCUUCUACCGCAGCAAGUACAAGGCGGGCAAGUAUGAAACGGUUUAUGAACUAGUGCGCGCGUUGUACGAAGGGCGUGGCGUAGAGGCGAUUGUGGAUGUGUACUGCGAAGCUACAGAAGACAAUACUUGGCAAGAAGUGGCCGAUUCCGCUCUGACGGAGGAGGAUAGACGAGAGAAGUGGGGCGGCUUAGAGUAUUGGUUCGUGAUGGGCGUUCAUCCGCAUGAAGCGAAGGAUUACACAGAUGCGAUCGAGCGCAAAAUAAUAGAGGCUAUGUCGCAUCCCCGGUGUGUCGGAUGGGGCGAAAUGGGUCUAGAUUACCAUUACGAUAACUCUCCGCGCGAAGUGCAACAAAAUGUAUUCAUCCGACAACUUAAGCACGCCGUCCGGCUGGGGAAGCCUCUUACGAUACACACUCGAGAGGCUGAAGAAGACUCCGAGCGGAUCCUCAAGGAACAUGUCCCGAAAGACCAUCGGAUACAUAUACACUGUUACACCGACUCGCCAGAAUGGGCCGCUCGCAUGCUCGAGCAUUUUCCCAACCUAUACAUCGGAAUCACAGGCGUCAUCACGUACUCGACAAAUGUCAACACCUCCGAGGUCAUCCGCCGAAUGGCUGCUUCGUCAGGUGCAGAGACGCCCCUCCGCAUCCUCCUCGAGACAGACGCUCCCUUCAUGACCCCUUCAAACAUCUACGACUCGCUCAAGGGUCUGAAGGGCCGCUUGCCGCACUCGCACUCCGCCAUGAUCCCUUGGACUGCUGAGUUUGUAGCCGGCGUGGCCGACGAAGCGGCUCCGGAGGGUGCAGGUUGGGACACAUUGAAAGUUAUGCGCGAGAGCAGAGAUAAUGCCAAGAGAAUGUAUGGCGUUUAGAGUUUUCUGUGCGUUAGCCGCGGCAUCUUUGUUGUGGCGUCAGUGACAUAGAUGUAUCAAGUU